AUGGUUCUGGACCAGGAAAUGCUCCACCUCAGCCUUGAGGAUCGCCGGCCCGUUAAUUUCGCCAUGGUUGUGACGCCACCUGCAGAGAGUGAACUAGGACAUCAGGACAAACCAGCUGGUCUAUUCUCCGAUCCCUCCAACGCCAAUCUGCCGUCGCCGUCGCAGACGGCGACGGUGACUGCGAAUCCGACUGCGCCCGUAAUUGCACCCGGGAUCGAUGCCCAUCCUAUGGCCCAAAUCUACCGCUGCACACCAACCCCGACUAUCCUUCUCGACGGCUCCCUUCGGGUGAUUCAGGCUUCAGAUAGUCAUUUCAACCUCUUCAAAUAUGAUCGCAAGCAUUUACUAGGAGUGAGUGUAUACGAGCUGACGCCGCGCAUCGUCCCUGCGCCGGACAUCAUUUCGUUAAGUGGCGCGCUUGCUGCAGCCAUCACAACCCGUGAGGUUCAAUUUAUCGAGGACAUUUUAGUCCAAGACCACGAAUCUGGAUUUUCUUUGCACGUGACCCCCAUUUUUGACGGCGAGGAUCUAAUAUAUGUACUCCUGGAAGCUCAAAUCACGCGAUCCAAGUCCGUGCGAAAGACCAGUAAGCAGACUUACUUCAACGACACCUAUAGGACUCUCAUAGAUGCCGUUAAAGACUAUGCUAUUUUCAUGUUGGAUAUCCGGGGUUACAUUGUGACGUGGAACUCAGGUGCCGCCAUUCUCAAGGGCUACACAGCAGAUGAGGUCAUCGGUCAGCAUUUUUCGAUAUUUUACGGGCCUGAGGAUCGUGAGUCCGACAAACCAGGCCGUGAGCUUGAAGUCUGCUUGCGCGACGGAAAGGUCGAGGACGAGGGAUGGCGCUAUCGGAAGGAUGGUGGGCACUUUUGGGCCAACGUCAUGAUCACCCCUAUCUAUCAAGCCGGGCGUCAUGUGGGAUUCGUCAAGAUCAGUCGAGACUUGACCGAGCGGAAGGCUGCAGAGGCGCGGUUGAUCGAUGCGUUUGAGGAAUCCUCCAAAUUAAAGACCGAUUUCCUUGCGAAUAUGUCUCACGAGCUACGCACACCUAUGAACGGAAUGUUUCUCGCUUUGGCCAUGCUGAUGAGAACAUCUCUCAGCCCCGAACAGCAAGAAUAUGCAUCGAUUUUGGAGGACUCGACUUCCAUCCUGCUACAGGUCAUCAACGACGUGUUAGACUACUCGAAAUUAUCAUCAGGAUCGUUUUCCUUGACUGCUGACGUCCUGGACAUCCCCGCCGUGAUGAGUGCGGUGAUAAGAAACUGUCAGCCAUCACUCAAGUCCGGUGUUGUGCUUGAGACUUUUGUGGAUCCAAGCUUUCCUAGGGGCGUCAAGGGCGACUCUCUGCGUUUUCGCCAAAUAUUGCAAAAUCUUGUCGGCAAUGCUGUCAAGUUCACUGAGAGCGGAUACAUCCAUGUUCAUGUCACUUAUGCCACGGAUGAAAGCGAUCCGCAAUCGUACAUUAUCUCAGUCCAGGUGGUGGACACAGGAAUAGGAGUUCCCGAAGAUGCAACCAGUACACUUUUCACCCCCUUCGCUCGAUUUGCGGACUCGACCACGAAGCGAUAUCAGGGCACUGGAUUGGGCCUUUCAAUUUGCAAAAGUCUCGCCGAACUCAUGGGUGGAGCGGUUGGGUUUCAUGCGAAUCCGGCUGGCACCGGUAGUGUAUUUUGGAUGUCGGCCAAAAUGGGCCGUAUCGACCGACAUGUUCCUUUGACCAGACCAAUGAUUUCGCGAGGGCAGGAAAUUCCAUUGGAUAGGUCAUCUUUGCUUCAAAAAGUGGCGGUGCACAAGACAAUUCUGCUCGUGGAAGACAACAAAGUCAAUCAAACCAUCAUGCUCAAGGUUCUAGGAUCCUUGGGCUUUGAACGCGUAGAUGCGGCUUGGGACGGGGCUGAAGCUGUGCGCAUGGUCAAACAGAAACCUUUUGCCUACAAUGUGAUUCUGAUGGACAUCAACAUGCCCGUCAUGGAUGGAUUGACAGCGACGGAACAAAUCAGACAACUUAACAUUGAUGUCCCUAUCAUCGCGUUGACUGGAAAUGCCCUGAAAGGCGACGCAGAGACUUAUCUGGCCAAGGGGAUCAAUGACUAUGUGGCUAAGCCGAUUCACAGGCAGCAGUUGGUGGAUAUCUUGUGGAAAUGGUGCGGAUCAUAA